AAAUGUAUAUUCAUGUACCUAUUUUAUUAUAUUAUAUUUAGGUUUCAAAACUAUCUUUGAUCGCAGUUGCUUCAGAUUUGGGUCACAGCAUUCGAAGAAUAGUUGCCAAAAUGUUUGAAGAUGAAUUUUUAGUAAAUUAUUCACUCAUUGGGUUUAAAAAAAAAAAACCGUUCACUAAGUUGAUGCUGUAUCGUGUUGUUAUAGAUUCCCUAAGAAUGCACGUCAAGUAUAAAAUGGCUACGGAUCGAGAAAUUGAACUACCACUGGGCGUUUGGUUAGCACAUGCACCGUUCAGAUUGUUGAAAAAAUUGAAAUGAUC